AUGACGCGGAUGCGAAGGGUGACGGGGUUGAAGUCCUUCCUGAGAACGCUCUUGAGGCUCACGAACGCGACGUUGUUGGCGGGGGGAUUGGCCACGGCGUUGUUCGCGUUUCACCUGUGGUUGGGCUUCAACCGAAGAAGAAACGGCGAGGAGGUCGGGCCGGAUUGGGCGGAUCCGUCGAGCGGGGGUGGGGGGGUCGAUGAUUUUGAUUCGAGCUCGAUGGAGUCGGCGAAGCGCCGGGUGCGGAUGUUUUUCGAGACGGAACCUUGGUUUUUGUACUUUGUCGGCGGGAGCGGCGCGUUUUGCGCGGCGACGGCGUGGCUCGGGUUGGCGGGGGCGGAGAACGGGAAUGUGUGUUGUUUGGGCAUGUACGCGCAUCAAGUGAUGUUGAUGGUGCUGCUGCAGUCGGCUUUGUCGGCGUACGUGGUGAGUGGGAAGGCGUACGCGUCGGCGCCGACGGACGUGACCGGGGAGUACGCCAACGCGUGGACGUUCAUACGAGAGCACGAAAAAGCAGUGACGGCGAUUGUCCUCGUCGUGUUCUUCGUGCAAAUAUUGAGCAUUAUAUUGGCGGUCGCUCUGCGUCGAGCCGCGAUCGAAAGCGGAGGCGCGGACAGCGACGAUGAGGAGGAUAGCUACUACUUUGACCGCUACGGACAAGAGCGGGCACCCUUGGUGGGCUCGUACGAACGCGCCGCCUCGGGAGACAGCGCUUGGCGAAUUAGGAUGAGAGAAAAGUACGGGUUAGACACCGCGGAUUUUGAAUAUAGCCCUUCGCGACCUCCGGCCUCGAGAGUCGACCGAGAGAAACAGCGAGAACGAGAUGCCAACGCAUGCGUGAUUCAGUGA